AUGUCUGCCAAAAAAUUCGAAAAACUAUUGGGUAACUGUAAGACAACGCUUGUGAUCCAAGAAAGAAUUUGUGAAGUUCUCGAUGAGAGGGGGAUAGAUUCGGAGGAUGAGUGGGAUCGGUACAUUGCGACUAUGGAGAAAGACGGAGAGGUUUUGGCGACAGUAUGUGACAUACUGAAUUCGAACACGUUGCAGGUGGUCAGUGCUGCAAGGGACCUCAAAGCAAGAGUCGUCGAAAGCGGAGAUUGCGCACAAGGAGAGCGCGAAGAAAAAAGAGCAUGUGAGUAUGGCAACGCCAAUGUUCAAAUGGCAUAUGACAUCGGAAGAGAUAAUGGGCGCUUACAGGCACCUCCGACACAGUGGACUGGAGCUGUCUUCGAGCCCAGAUGGAGGCAAUGUGUGGAGAACUACUUGGAGGGACCAAACGGACCACCAGGUCAGUGUUCGACAAUGGAUAUGAUUAACUGUUUCCAAUCUUUGUCUUGUGUCGAUCCUGGGGUAUACAAAGGGAAAGUGAAUGAGAACUUUAAAGAAUUCAUCCGAAGGUUCCGUAGGAAGUACCAAAGGGUGGUUGUGAGUGAUCAGACACUUAUUGAGAUAUUAGGUGAUGACCACCUAGGUGGCAGAGCAAAGUCAGUGUUCCUUUCGUUACCGAUGGAAGUUAGAAAUAGAGGUUUUGAGGCGGUAGUGGAGGAGCUAGGAAAGCUGCUGGCAGAUGAUUGUGUAGCUGGUCGAAUGCGAGCCAUUGCUGAACUGCGCGAACUGAGAAUCCGCCCUCAGCAGGAAGUUGCUGAUUUCUGCGUAGCCUUGGAAAAGUUAGGAAGGAAAGCGAACCCACGGGGUAGUAUUGAGGAUAAUUCGCUAGAGUACGCGCACAUCCUGUUGUCUAACUUGAAGCAAUGGCCAGAACAUGUCCAGUUAUUGAGUGUACUGCAUAAGGCAAGACCAGAAAAAGCGUAUGAAGAAGUGAAGCAGUUGGCUCUGUCUAUUGAGCUAUCGAAGCGGAUUUACGGGGGAACCCAGGUAGAAAGGGAAGACCGACACCGCGAUUGGAAGACGAGAGCUCGGUCGUACAAAAGCAGCAAUCUGGAAGUAGGCGGAGGAAGGACCGCAACGACAGGAGUCAUCACAGAAGUUGCGAGAAAAGAAGUCGACGGGAGGGUAGAUCGAAUCUUUCCUGAAAAAGGUCACGCGCAUAGGUUUCUGGAACGAAGGUUGCCCUCCGAUAGUAAUAAGCCUCGGGAAAGGAAUAGCAAUGAUGGUAGAAAGUGCUUCAACUGUUCAAAGUUCGGGCACAUUGCGAAAGAGUGCACCCAAAGAACACAGGUAAAGCGAAUCAAGGAGUCACAAGUAGAGAAGGAACCUGCAAGCGAUGACAGGAUCUCGCUCAUCGUACAAAAAGCGAGGAGUAUGGGAGUUAGAUUAGCAGCUGAUCCGAGAACGACAACUGCAUUAGUAGGAAGACGAAUGUCAGGUUGGGCGAGGGUGUUGGAUACCCGCAUUCCUGCUCUGCUAGAUGCUGGUUCAAUGAUAAGCAUAGUCCGCCGUAAUAGUGUUAUCUCGAGCCAUGGACAGAGGCUUCGAUGUGGACAGCCUAGAGCUCAUAAGGAAGGGGAAGGAUCUACCAGUUUAUGA